GAAACGGUGUCAGCGGGGCCGUGGGAUGUCGGGAGUUGUAGUUGACAUUCGGUCUUGAUCGCUGUUCUCUCGCGGAUUUUCUUCUCAGCAGCAAAAGCCGGGCCAUGGCGGCUGCGGCCAACUCGGGCGGGCGGUCCAAGGUGGCGCCCAGCGUAGAUUUUGAUCAUAGCUGCUCCGACAGCGUCGAAUACCUGACUCUGAAUUUCGGGCCUUUCGAGACGGUGCACCGGUGGCGCCGCCUCCCGCCCUGCGAUGAAUUCGUCGGGGCUCGCCGUAGCAAACACACCGUGGUGGCUUAUCGAGAUGCCAUCUACGUCUUUGGUGGGGAUAACGGGAAAACUAUGUUGAAUGACCUUUUAAGAUUUGAUGUGAAGGACUGCUCUUGGUGCAGGGCUUUUACUACUGGGACUCCACCAGCACCAAGGUAUCACCACUCAGCAGUAGUUUAUGGAAGCAGCAUGUUUGUAUUUGGUGGCUACACUGGAGAUAUAUAUUCCAAUUCCAACUUGAAGAACAAAAAUGAUCUUUUUGAAUAUAAACUUGCAACAGGCCAAUGGACUGAAUGGAAGAUUGAAGGAAGAUUACCAGUUGCUCGGUCAGCUCAUGGUGCAACCGUCUAUAGUGAUAAACUCUGGAUCUUUGCAGGAUAUGAUGGAAAUGCACGAUUAAAUGACAUGUGGACUAUUAGUUUACAAGACAGAGAUUUAACGUGUUGGGAAGAGAUUAAACAAACUGGUGAGAUUCCUCCUUCAUGUUGUAAUUUUCCUGUAGCUGUCUGCAAAGAAAGGAUGUUUGUUUUUUCUGGCCAAAGUGGAGCAAAGAUUACCAAUAACCUUUUUCAGUUUGAAUUCAAAGAAAAAAUUUGGACGCGAAUCCCUACCGAACAUUUACUACGGGGCUCUCCACCUCCUCCCCAGAGGAGAUAUGGUCACACGAUGGUUGCAUUUGAUCGCCAUCUCUAUGUGUUUGGUGGUGCUGCAGACAAUACAUUGCCUAAUGAACUUCAUUGCUAUGAUGUUGACUCUCAGACAUGGGAAGUUAUCCAGCCAAGUCCAGAUAGUGAGUUACCAACUGGAAGACUCUUCCAUGCUGCAGCUGUUAUCUGUGAUGCCAUGUAUAUCUUUGGAGGGACAGUGGAUAAUAAUAUCAGAAGUGGAGAAAUGUAUAGAUUUCAGUUUUCUUGUUAUCCAAAAUGUACUUUACAUGAUGACUAUGGAAGACUAUGGGAAAACAGGCAAUUCAGUGAUCUAGAAUUUGUGCUUGGGGAGAAAGAAGAGAGGGUCCGAGGGCAUACAGCUAUUGUCACAGCUCGCUGUAAAUGGCUGAGGAAGAAAAUUACACAGGCAAAAGAAAGGCUGAAACAGAAAUCUAAGCAAGAGGUUAAUGAGGAAGGACAAGAGGUCUCCCAAAAGGAAACGACAGGCAACAAUGUAAAGAUGGGUCGCCCGCAGCCACUGCUGGAAGUGACAAUCCGGGAAGCUGAAGCUCAGCCCUUUGAAGUGCUCAUGCAGUUCCUCUACACAGACAAAAUAAAAUACCCACGCAAAGGACAUGUGCAAGAUGUUCUGCUAAUCAUGGAUGUGUACAAGUUGGCUCUUAACUUCAAACUAUCUCGAUUGGAACAACUCUGUGUCCAAUACAUUGAGGCUUCAGUAGAUCUGCAGAAUGUACUUGUUGUAUGUGAAAAUGCAAACAAACUUCAGCUGGAUCAGCUGAAGGAACACUGUCUGAAUUUUGUGGUAAAAGAAUCGCACUUUAAUCAGGUAAUAAUGAUGAAAGAAUUUGAACACCUUUCUUCAUCUUUGAUAGUAGAGAUAGUACGAAGAAAGCAGCAACCUCCACUUCGAACACAUUCUGAUCAGCCUCUUGAUAUCGGAACCUCGUUGAUUCAGGAUAUGAAAGCCUAUUUGGAAGGUGCUGGUCUAGAAUUCUGUGAUAUCAUUCUACUGUUAGAUGGUCAUCCAAGACCAGCUCAUAAAGCUAUUCUUGCAGCCCGCUCUAGUUACUUUGAAGCCAUGUUUCGUUCUUUUAUGCCAGAAGAUGGCCAGGUUAAUAUUUCAAUUGGUGAGAUGGUGCCAAGCAAACAAGCAUUUGAAUCUAUGUUACGAUAUAUUUAUUAUGGUGAAGUGAAUAUGCCUCCUGAAGAUUCCCUCUACCUCUUUGCUGCCCCUUAUUAUUAUGGGUUCUAUAAUAAUCGUCUUCAAGCAUAUUGCAAGCAGAAUCUGGAAAUGAACGUUACUGUGGAAAAUGUGCUUCAGAUUUUAGAGGCAGCUGAUAGGACCCAGGCAUUGGAUAUGAAGAGACACUGCCUAUAUAUCAUUGUUCACCAGUUCACCAAGGUUGGUUGGAUGUUUUCUGGGGUUCUGGGCAUCUGCUGUCCUCUUUCACUGCCAUGGUUGAAAACAGCUUAAGGUAUCGAAGCUGCCAAAUCUUCGGUCUCUCAGUCAACCUCUUCUACUUGACAUCAUAGAAUCAUUAGCAAAUCACAUAUCAGACAAACAGUGUGCUGAGCUUGGAGCAGAUAUUUAAGAUUUUGUUUAUUCUGUAUCUUGCAUAUUUUCUUCUAAGUGGUUACACUCUUCCUAGAUAUAUAAAGAUAUUUAAUCUUCGUUAUCAACACAUGUUGAUAUGGUAAGAAGCCCUGAUGAAGUCAUCUUGUGUAAGAUGAGUGGCCAUAUACAUUUGAUAAAAUAACUACAUAAAUAAAGCAGAAAACCUUUGAAAAUGUAAUGAUACUUCUGACUUUCUAAAUAUACAUUUGAGCUGUAGUAUUUGGAUUAUAGGCACAUGAAGGCUACAAAUUGUUAGGUCUGAUAAGACUAUAUACCUUCAUAGUUAUUGAUGAGUAUUGAUAAUACACUUUUGAUUCUUUGUCAGAACAAUGUUGCUAAAUUGAAAAUUUCAAGGACUUGUUCAGGCAAACUCCAAGAAUUGUACACAACUGAAUGGAACAAAAAAAUGUUACACACAUAGACAUAUUGCGAUGAUUAUAGUAUAAAAAGCAAAGGAAUACUGUUCUUUCCAAAAACAGGUUAUGCAGUGAAACAACGAAAGUGUUCCUCUUUCUUUAGCAGUAUAAUGAUUUCUUUUGACAAUCUAAAUCCAAUCUAUAUUAUUUUAUUUUAAGAUGUCAUCAAAGACUUUCUUCAAAAUACUGAAUUGUCAUCCCUUUUGCAGCACUUGUCUUGUUAUGUGUUUCCUAAAAAGUUUGUUGUACUUUUAUUUAUUCUUAUAUUAUGAGCCUCCCAGAGUCCUUUGGAAGUUGGGUAAGUCCUAAAUCAAAAUAAAUGAAUUGUAGUAAAUCUAUGAAGUUAUGCUGGGUGACAGUAUAGACGUGGAAUCUUAAAAACCUUCUUUUUUAAAAUUAACUGCAUGUUUCAAACUCUUUUGUUCUAUAUGUAAUUUGAAAUAUUCACAUAGACAUUGAGUUGGAUGGCAUACAAGUUUAAUAAAUCAUCAUUAUCCUCAUUGUGGAAAACUCCUUAUCAUCCCACUGAUAAAUGUAUUUUAAAAGAUGGAUUCGUAUAUCAACUAAGCCAAAUAAACACAUUUUGUGCAACUAUGCUAGGGUUUGGCAACCCGCAGCUCUCUGGCUCUUUCAUCCCUCUGCUGCGCUGAACACAACUCUUCAGGGGAAAGGAGGCACAGCCCUGCACAUGCUGAAGGAGGUUUUGGCAUUUGAGUGCAAGUUGACAGUGUUUGCCAGAGAUUUAUAGAGAGGUACACUGUCUCACUUCCCCUUUUUGAGAGAGUUCAAACAAGCUCACAAUAUUCUGAGUAUUUGCAGUCUGCAAUCACCACAAUGGAAACAUCGUUUGGGAAACAAUUCUCUGAAUUCAGAGAGGGGAAAAAACACAUUAUCCUUCCCUGUCACUUCCCUGACCAUCGAUCCAUCCCUGUUGAAUAUGACUGCAUUUGCAGGAGUAAGUCAACCCGAUCUUGAGAUGGAACUGGCCAACAUAGUUGACAAAGAUAUAUGGUUGUCCAAGUUCAAAUGCUUGACAGCUAAUCUUGAAGAUGUUGCUUGUUAGAAGGCCAUUCUUGCUCAUUAUCACAAAUGGAAUGAUAUUGAAAACUUCUCCAAAUCAGACAAACGUGUGUUUGAAACAUGCCUGAUAGCGGAAACUAGUCGUUAUGUUCAAUAGCACUUAAUAUUUUCAAUAAAAAUUAUCUGAA